UCUGCGGUGCGGCCUGAAAGACUGUGAGAUGACAAUAGGGGAAAUGGAGAACGUGGAGGUCUUCACUUCCGAAGGCAAAGGCCGGGGUCUGAAGGCCACCAAGGAGUUCUGGGCGGCGGACGUCAUCUUUGCCGAGCGGGCUUAUUCCGCGGUGGUUUUUGACAGCCUCAUUAACGUUGUGUGCCACACCUGCUUCAAGCGGCAGGAGAAGCUCCAUCACUGUGGGCAGUGCAAGUUCGCUCGUUACUGUGACCGCACGUGCCAGAAGGACGCUUGGCUGAACCACAAGAAGGAGUGUUUGGCCAUCAAGAGAUACGGGAAGGUACCCAAUGAAAACAUCAGGCUGGCUGCACGCAUCAUGUGGCGGGUGGAGAGAGAGGGCACUGGGCUCACAGAGGGUUGCCUGGUCUCCGUGGACGACCUGCAGAACCACGUGGAGAACUUCGGGGAGGAGGAGCAGAAGCAGCUGCGGCUGGACGUGGACACUUUCUUGCAGUACUGGCUGCCCCAGAGCCAGCAGUUCAGCAUGCAGUACAUCUCGCACAUCUUUGGCGUGAUUAACUGCAAUGGUUUCACGCUCAGUGAUCAGAGAGGCCUGCAGGCAGUGGGCGUGGGCAUCUUCCCCAACCUGGGCCUGGUGAACCAUGACUGUUGGCCCAACUGCACCGUCAUCUUUAACAACGGCAACCAUGAGGCAGUGAAAUCCAUGUUUCACACCCAGAUGAGAAUUGAGCUCCGGGCCCUGGGCAAGAUCUCAGAAGGAGAAGAGCUGACGGUGUCUUACAUCGACUUCCUCAACGUCAGCGAAGAACGCAAGAAGCAGCUGAAGAAGCAGUACUACUUCGACUGCACGUGUGAGCACUGCCAGCAAAGGUUGAAGGACGACCUCUUCCUGGGGGCAAAAGACAACCCAAAGCCCUCUCAGGAUGCGGUAAAGGAGAUGAUACAACUCUCCAAGGAUACACUAGGGAAAAUUGACAAGGCUCGCUCCGAGGGCUUGUACCAUGAGGUUGUGAAGUUAUGCCGGGAGUGCCUGGAGAAGCAGGAGGCCGUGUUUUCUGACACCAAUAUCUACAUGCUGAGGAUGCUGAGCAUCGUUUCCGAGGUCCUUUCCUACCUCCAGGCGUUUGAGGAGGCCUCGUACUACGCCAGGAAGAUGGUGGAUGGCUAUAUGAAGCUCUACCACCCCAACAAUGCCCAACUAGGCAUGGCCAUGAUGCGGGCAGGGCUGACCAACUGGCAUGCUGGUAACAUUGAGGUGGGGCACGGUAUGAUCUGCAAAGCCUAUGCCAUUCUCCUGGUGACACACGGCCCCACCCACCCAAUUACCAAGGAUUUGGAGGCCAUGCGGGUGCAGACGGAGAUGGAGCUGCGCCUGUUCCAGCAGAACGAGUUCAUGUACCACAAGAUGCGCGAGGCCGCGCUGAACAACCAGCCCAUGCAGGUCAUGGCUGAGCCCAGCAGUGAGCCAGCGCCGGCGCUGUUCCACAAGAAGCAAUGAGGACCUGCCGGGGGCGCCCAGGAGCAACGUUCUGGGGGCGGUGGGCUUCUGGGGAGACCCCUGACGAGGAAGUCAGAACGCUCAACCUUGUUGCUGUGGGAAUGUACUGCUCUGUGUUCCCUAGCGUCAUUUUGGUUUAUUUCAACUCAGUUUAGUUCAAUUUAACUCAUCCUAUAGCCCGACUCAUUGUACAAAUAUUUAUUGGGUGGUAGGCCCUAGAGAUAAAGAAGCUCCAAAAGUAGUUGGGGAGGCAAAAUGUAAGCAAACAAUUAAAGCACUGUGUAAUAAUAAAUACAAUGCAAACUAUGUGGGGGGGUACAGUAGAGGGCAU